ACUCUGUUAUUUCAAGUACUCGUGCGAAGCAUACAGUAUUAGAAAUUAAAUAUGUAGUUCAAUUUUUACCAGAUUUUUCGUACAACAUCUUAAAAGUGAUUGCAUAAAACGUUGCACGAAAGAUAUUAGCAAAAAUGCGCAACAAUGAAGGAUCAGUGUUGUACUUGUUACUAGUAUUAAUCUUAUGCGCAGAAGUAUGUAUGACAAACGCGAGACAUUUGAUUAAAAAGAGAAAUUAUAGCGAUCAAAGCGUGAGAGGUUAUUUGGCAGAGCGGACUUGUUGGUGGAACGAGGUCUGCAAAGAAGAAUUUCACAGCAAAUUCCGCUGCCGUUGUCCAAGAUGGUCCUAUUGUCGUGCUCCUGGCAGAUAUUACGACGCUCAUUGUAGUAUAACACGUACAGGCUACAUUUGGACACAACCAGAAACUUCGUUGACGCUCGAAGUUAAUAAAUGAGUCCUUUUUGUAAAUUCUGCUUUGAUCGCACUUAUCCAAAGAUCAAUCAAAAACUAAUACAGUAGGAUCCCAACUACGUGGGGGAUAAGGCUGUUUGGAUGAGAGAAUUUACGAAUAAUAGAACAGUAAGUUACUCUCCCGAUGUUCAUCUUUACGUAUGUAUUGGAAAAAAAAAAAAAAAAAAAAAAAAUAGAAGGGAA